AAUACCAAUAAAAAAAGAGGGACAAAAAAAAUCAAUGCUAUAUAAUCGAAGUAUCCACUACAAAGGUUGGAGAAUCCUUAAACUGACUAUGAAAGCGGAAAAAGUUAUGGAGAGAGAGAUCGAGACAACGCCAAUAGAGCCUCUUAGCCCAAUGUCACAUAUGCUAAGUUCGCCAAAUUUCUUCAUUGUCAUAACUUUUGGGUUUAAAACUCGAUGCAACCGAUCGGCCUUUGUUGAUGGCAUCAACAACACAUUGAUCAAUGCUCCCAGAUUCUCCAGUAAAAUGGAGAUAAAUUAUAAGAAAAAAGGAGAACCGGUCUGGAUUCCUGUUAAACUUCGAGUAGAUGAUCAUAUUAUUGUGCCGGAUCUUGAAUAUUCCAACAUUCAAAAUCCUGAUCAGUUCGUAGAAGACUAUACUUCAAACAUAGCUAAUAUUCCAAUGGACAUGUCCAAACCUCUUUGGGAAUUUCAUUUACUCAACAUGAAGACAUCAAAAGCAGAAUCUUUGGCUAUAGUAAAAAUACAUCACUCCAUUGGUGAUGGGAUGUCUCUUAUGUCCCUACUACUUGCUUGUUCACGAAAAAUAUCAGACCCUGACGCGCUAGUUUCUAAUACCACGGCUACAAAAAAGCCAGCUGAUUCCAUGGCUUGGUGGUUGUUUGUUGGGUUUUGGUUUAUGAUAAGAGUCACCUUCACCACUAUUGUUGAGUUUUCCAAGUUAAUGCUUACAGUAUGCUUUUUGGAAGAUACCAAAAACCCUCUUAUGGGUAACCCGAGUGAUGGAUUUCAAUCUUGGAAGGUUGUCCAUCGGAUAAUAAGUUUUGAGGAUGUCAAGUUAAUAAAGGACACAAUGAACAUGAAGGUGAAUGAUGUUCUUCUUGGAAUGACACAAGCAGGUCUUUCAAGAUAUUUGAGUAGCAAAUAUGAUGGAUCAACGGCUGAGAAGAAAAAGAUCUUAGAAAAACUCCGUGUUCGUGGUGCCGUAGCUAUAAACUUAAGACCAGCAACAAAGAUAGAGGAUUUGGCUGAUAUGAUGGCGAAGGGUUCAAAGUGUAGAUGGGGAAACUUCAUAGGAACGGUUAUAUUUCCGUUGUGGGUGAAAUCAGAGAAAGAUCCGUUGGAGUACAUUCGACGAGCCAAAGCUACGAUGGAUAGGAAAAAAAUAUCUCUGGAAGCUUUUUUUUUCUAUGGAAUUAUUAAAUUCACCUUGAAAUUUUUUGGAGGAAAGGUGAAAUACUAAACCAAGAUAUAUGAGCUUAUUUAAAAUCAAUACAUUUUAGUGCAUAUUGCUAACUUUUUUCGAUCGUAAGAACUUAAUUAACAGGCAGUAGAAGCUUUUGGAAAGAGGAUAUUUGGUCACACAUCAUUGGCAUUUUCAAAUGUGAAAGGUCCCGAUGAAGAAAUAAGUUUUUUUCACCAUCCGAUUUCAUAUAUCGCAGGAAGUGCAUUAGUUGGAGCACAAGCUCUCAAUAUCCAUUUUAUAAGCUACGUAGACAAGAUUGUCAUCAAUCUAGCUGUUGACACAACAACGAUUCAAGAUCCUAAUCGACUAUGUGAUGAUAUGGUGGAAGCACUUGAGAUCAUCAAAUCUGCCACACAAGGGGAAAUAUUUCACAAAACGGAAGUUUGAAACACAUCACCUGAUGUUUGAUCAGGGUUAUGUAAUAUAUAACUAUAUGAAGUUUUGUAUUUGCAAUGAAUUUUUUUAUGGAGUAUGAUAACCAAAAUAUGUGGUGAAGUGUAAGUUUGUUUGUUUGGUUUGAUCUUAGGUGUUUUAUGAACAGUUGGCAAAAUGGUAAAAGGGCAUAACAAAAGAUCACCAAAAAUUGAGAAAGUAUCACAUAAUUUUUAGGCAAAAGGAUUUAGGGUCUAUUGCGCUUUCUUUACUAACAUGUAAUUAAAAAGAUUUAGGGUCUAUUGCCCUUGUUCACAGAAUUAUGAGUUUACGGUUAGAAGAAAAAUCAUUUU